AAUCAAAACAUUUGGGGGCCGGCUGUUGCUUUCGACAACGUAGACUCUAGAAGGCCAAAGGCCCGGCGCUGUACUACAAGCGAUGCCGGAGAUUGGGAAUCCUGACGCGGUAGCCGGUGUGAACUGGCUCCGCUCCCAUCACAGCCGACAGAGCUCCUUCGUCACCUUCUGUAACUGCACAGGUCGCAGCGUCCAGCCGGUUUGGAUCAACUACCGCGGCUUGCCUGAGACUUAUGCCGUGAUGGCAGCGCAGAGCGGCCGCAAGAUGAACACCUUUACAGGUCACCCUUGGAUGUUCCGUGAUGCGAUCUCCGAUGACAGGCUCCUUGUCAAUGGCCAUGAGGUCUUUUUCACCCCCCCAGGCCAGGUGAAUGAGAUUGGCCAGCCUCAAUACAUAAUAGUUAAGAUCACCAUACCAGUUUACACACUAAAGGAGAGGUGUCUGCAAGUGGUGCGUAGCCUUGUGAAGCGGGAGGACUACAGACAUCUAGAGAUAGUCAGAUCGCUCCACGACGAACUAGAAGAUAAUCCCCAGGUCCUGAAAGAUCUUAAGCGUCUUCAACAGCUGGCUGAACAGGAAGGAAAGAGUAGUAAUUUAGAGUGAUAUUGUUCCUUUCACUUGCCAUAUCACCCCAGAUCGACCUGGUGUAUUAUGCGUAGGCAAGCUAUGAACUGCGAUCUGCUGGGUGAACAGAAUGAAUGGCUUCACUCAUUUCAGAUCUUCCCAUGAACAGUGACUGUCUACUGUGAUUAUGACUCAAAGCUGUGACCAGCAGUCUCCCUGGUUAAUUAGUUAAUUGUUGUCAUAUUUUGUAUUUUCCUAUUUCUUGGACCAAAUUUAAUUUAAAAAAAUUUUUUUUUACAUCACUUGUACCUUUAAGUGAAAACGGUUCUCAGUGAAUCUCUGGUUUGCGAUGGUGGGCCUGUUAGCAUCAGGCAGCAGUGGAAGUUAGUAAAUUUGGCCAGGAAGCUGGGCUACCUCAGUCUUGAGCCCUGGUGUCUGGGAAGUCACUUGCUGUUUAUUCUAUAAGAUGGCAGAACUGACUGGGAAUGGAGAGGAAAAUGACAGCCUAGUCAGUGUAUGAUGUGAAGAUGGGCUAGUGUGUAAAACUGCUGCCUAGUGCAAGUACAAAAUAUGGAUGUAAUAAAGGGGGAGCUAGCUGAUCUGCUGAUGUAAUAGACAGGGAAAGACUCACCCAGAGCAGCAACAGCAGCAUAGAGUAUUUGGGGAGACAACCCUAACUCUGCGUGGUUUCUGAAGAUGCCAGGAGCAUGAGUUUACUUGAGAUGGUAUCUUAAAUUCACUUAAUUAUAUGGCUGCACUGUGGGAAAGGACUUUCUCAAUUAAACCUUUAAGUAAAAUGUCAUGAUAUUUGUAUGUGAGCUUGUAGUUGCUUCAUUAACUGAGCUCCCCACUGUAUAUACUGAUGCCGUAGCCAGCUUGUUCUGCAUCGUAACCUCUAAAGCUUAUUAUUUGCUGCUGAGCUAUGAUUAUGGUCCCUGGUUCUGGCCUCCUUUCAUUUAAAAAAAAGGAUGACUGGUCACUUCAGUCUUCUCUUCAAAGCGUUAAACACCUGUUUUGCUAUUUCACCACACCUGUUCACUUCAUAUUGACUUGCAAAGUUGGAAUAGAACCAACAUGCCUUUCAAUUCUAUCCCCUUCCAGAAAUUCCCCUAGGGAUCCUCACUUUAUUUUUGGUUACUAUACUUUGUAGUGAUGUUACGUCUGUGCCCA